AUGAUGAACGGUCAUAUGAAUGGAUUCCACAACUCGGUCAUUGACGAGGACUGCUUCUUGUUCACCUCGGAAUCUGUCGGAGAAGGGCAUCCCGACAAGAUCUGCGAUCAAAUCAGCGAUGCGGUCCUUGACGCCCAUCUCAAGCAAGAUCCCGAUGCCAAAGUUGCCUGCGAGACCGUUGCCAAGACGGGGAUGAUCCUCUUAGCUGGUGAGGUUACCUCACGAGCUACGGUGGACUACCAAAAAAUCGUGCGGGAAACCGUUCGCCACAUUGGCUAUGAUGAUUCUGCAAAAGGCUUUGACUACAAGACCUGCAAUGUCCUUGUCGCUUUGGAACAGCAGUCUCCCGACAUCGCCCAGGGUGUCCAUGUGGACCGCAAUGAAGAGGACAUUGGCGCAGGGGACCAGGGCUUAAUGUUCGGCUAUGCCACUGACGAGACUGAGGAGUGCAUGCCCCUCACGAUCGUCCUCGCCCACAACCUCAAUGCCAAGAUUGCCGAGCUGCGACGUAACGGCACUCUGCCGUGGCUCCGACCUGACUCGAAGACACAGGUUACCGUGCAGUACCGUCAGGACCACGGCGCCAUGCUUCCUGUGCGCGUGCACACGAUUGUCAUUUCCGUUCAGCAUGACGAAGAUGUUUGCUUAGAAGAGAUGAGGGAUGCCCUGAAGGAAAAAGUCAUCAAGUCUGUUGUUCCCUGCAAUUAUUUGGAUGAUGACACCAUCUACCACCUGCAACCGAGUGGCAGAUUUGUCAUUGGUGGACCUCAGGGUGAUGCCGGCCUGACCGGGCGCAAGAUCAUCGUCGACACGUACGGCGGCUGGGGGGCCCACGGAGGCGGUGCUUUCUCUGGCAAGGACUAUACUAAAGUGGACCGCUCCGCUGCGUACGCUGCUCGAUGGGUCGCCAAGUCUCUGGUGAAGGCUGAGCUCUGCAAGAGAGUUUUGGUUCAGGUGUCCUAUGCCAUUGGAGUUGCCCACCCCCUCUCCAUUUCCAUCUUCCAUUACGGGACUGCCAAAAAGAGUGAGCGGGAGCUGCUGGACAUUGUAAGGAAGAACUUUGACCUCCGUCCCGGAGUCAUUGUCAGGGAUCUGAAGCUGAAGGAGCCCAUGUAUCAGAAGACUGCAACCUACGGCCACUUUGGCCGUGACUGCUUCCCAUGGGAGAAGCCCAAAAAGCUCAAAUACUAA